GUAUGGCAGCUUACAAUAAUACAGUCACCUUUUAUUUUAAUAUUUUAACUACAGCUUCAGUCUCGUACAAAUGCAUCUUAAAGCCACACACUGCUAGAACCGCACAACACAUUCCCUGAACACCUGACAGACCGGUUUACCAGCUGAAUGAAAGUGAAAUAAGACAAUGAGAUCGCUUUGGGACGUAUCGAAUCUUUUCGUCUGUUUACUAUCAAGUUUCAAUGCUGUAACGUCUGUCGUCUAUGUUGAGAAUGGGAAGAGUCUUACUUUAAAUCCAAAUAUUCAAGGAACGCCUGAAGACAUUUUGUGGACAUACAAUGGGAACAAGGUGGCUGAACAUGAUUUGACUGAAUUUCAAGAUUAUGGUCCAUUCAGAGGAAGAUCAGAGAUUGAAAUCUCUACUGGGCAGCUCACGGUUCGUCACAUGACCAGCAAUGACAGCGGUAUUUAUAGAUCUGUAAUACAGAUCAAUGGAAAGCUGCAAAAUUCUGAUAAUGAAGUUAAAGUUAUUGAUGCUGUGCAGGAGCCUAAUGUGACCUGUAAAUUGAACAAUAUUUCAAGAACACUGUCCUGUUCAGUGUCAUCUCAGUUUAAUGUAUCCUAUGAAUGGACUGGACCAGGUGCAGCACAGCAGUCCGGGCAAGAGCUUCAUAUCAGCAAGGAGGAGAAGCCUGAUUCAGUCUAUACAUGUACUGUGAAGAAUGAAGUGAGCCAGAAGAGCAGCAGCUUCACUGUGAAAGACUGUGACACAGAUGAACCACCAUCAGAACAGAAUAUCAUUCUACCAGUUAUAUUAGCCGCCAUCGCUACUGUUAUUCUGGGGAUCGUAGCUCCUGUUGCCAUUUAUUUCAUUCUACAAAAAAGAAAGAAGGAAGAUGAAAAGGGCACAAAAAAUAAUUUGAUGGAAAUGAGUGAACCAAAAAAAGAUUCAGAGCAGAGAAGAACAGACAAUGAGGAUAAACAGGAAAACGAAGAGCAAGAAGCGACUGAAAAUAUAAACAAAAGUGAAAUGGAUCCUUUAGUACACUCAGAUGCAUAGAUGAAAAGUGAUUCAGAAAAAGAGCAGGAAACUAGUGAAGAGCAAGCUCUAAAUGGACCAGCACAAGUCAGAUGUGAAGAGCCCAGCAGCAGGAACACUGAAAUAACUUAAACCCCUCAGGACCCAAAUAUCUUUUUAAAAUGUGGUUCUUUGUAAUUAAGCAAUAAAACAUUUUUCAGCUUU